AGAGCGGCGGGUUUAUCGGUGGCGCACACUGGCGUUACUAUGUGUCCAGUCUCCGUGUCUUCUUAGUAAAUCUACAGCCUUUAUGAAUACGUGUCCUUCACAAGAAUGGCCACGUUAGUUUUGGACAACGGAGCGAAUACGGCCAAGAUCGGGUACAGCCAUGAAGCCGUCAGUGUCAUCCCGAACUGCCAGUUCCGCUCCAAGACUUCAAGAUUAAAAACCUUCACUGCCAAUCAGCUGGAUGAAAUCAAAGACCCGUCUGGGCUGUUCUACAUUCUUCCAUUCCAGAAGGGGUAUCUGGUUAACUGGGAUGUCCAGAGGAAAGUUUGGGAUCACCUCUUUGGAAAGGAAAUGUUUAAGGUGGAGUUUGCAGACACAAGCAUUGUGAUUACUGAGCCGUACUUCAACUUCACCUCCAUUCAAGAGUCCAUGAAUGAGAUUCUGUUUGAGGAGUAUCAGUUCCAGUCAGCCCUCAGGAUAAACACUGGUUCUCUGAGUGCCCAUCGGUACUUCCAGAUGAACCCCUCAGAGCUGUGCUGCAUGGUGGUGGACAGCGGCUUCUCCUUCACUCAUAUCAUUCCAUACUGCCGUGGCAGGAGGAUGAAUGAUGGCAUUAUCAGAAUCAAUGUUGGAGGGAAAUUACUGACCAAUCACCUGAAGGAGAUUAUUUCCUACCGACAGCUCCAUGUGAUGGACGAGACUUACGUGAUCAACCAGGUGAAGGAGGAUGUCUGCUAUGUCUCCCAGGACUUCUACAAGGACAUGGAGGUUGCACAGAAGAAGGGAGAAGAGAACACUGUGAUGAGGGAUUAUGUUCUUCCAGAUUUCAGCUCCAUCAAAAAAGGUUUCUGUAAGCCACGAGAGGAGAUGAUCUUCACUGGGAAGUACAAGACAGGAGAGCAGAUUCUACGGUUAACUAAUGAGCGGUUCGCUGUUCCUGAGAUGCUCUUUCAUCCCUCUGACAUUGGGAUCCAGGAGAUGGGAAUCCCCGAGGCCAUAAUCCACUCCAUCCGCUGCAUGCCAGAAGAAAUGCAGCCCCACCUGUACAGGAACAUAGUUCUGACCGGGGGAAACAGCUUGUUCCCUGGGUUCAGAGAGAGGCUAUACAAUGAGGUGAGGGCACUUGCCCCUUCCGACCUCCUUGUCUCCGUACUGCAACCACCAAACCCCAUCUGUUACCCAUGGGAAGGAGGGAAGCUUCUUGCGAGGAACCCAGACUAUGAUGAGAUGGUGGUGACACGUCAGGACUACGAGGAGAACGGCCAUUUUAUUUGUGAAGAGAAGUUUGAUAUCUGAGAAGAUCUCUGGCCAGGUGGGACCAUCAGUGGUCCAUCCUCCCUGUCAGUGAUGAACAGAAGGGUGACCUGGAAAGACAAAUAGAGUCUUUUUCACAAACUAAACUCUCCCUGAACAGAGGGCAGCCAGGGGUCCAACGGAGUAGCCCACCCACUGAAUUUUUAUUUUUAAGUCUGAUGGAAUUUUUUGAUAAAUGUAGUCAAUUAAAAGCAUCUACCAUCUAUGUAAAUAGAUUCAACAAAGAGAAAUGUUGAAAACCAGUCAUUUUAUUUUAGUGCUUGUUUGGAUGCUGAUCUCUUCUUCCAGCUUAACCAUCACGUCAUGUAGUCAUGAACAUUAAAGUGCUGG